AUGUCAACUUUAUUUCUCCUAAUUAUUAGUUGGUUGUUUUUUUAUAUCUACAUAGGAACCUCAACCACAAUACGCCAAGAAUAUGGUGUGAUCGACUUCUACGAUUCAAGUUACGUGAUAAACGCAGAGGCCUUUACGAUCAGAAAGCGACGAGGGGAGCCCUACAAGACUAACGUUUCAGCCACGCUUUUAUAUCCGUGGGGUAACAACGUCACGUUAACAAUUGAGUAUAAACAGAAAUCUGGUACGGAACUCAUUUUUAAAAACAAAAUAUGUAUUUCAUUGACUAUGAACUGGAUAAAAAUAUUCCUUUUGGAGUACUUUAAUCCACCUAUAGCGCCAAAAUGCCCCUUGCCUGCUGGAACAUACCACGUCCAAAACGUGGAAUUGCCGCCGAAACACUUUCCACUUCCUUUGCCGACAGUUGAUAGUACGAUUGUGUUCCGCUUCAAAUUGGACGGAAGGAAGGUCUUGUUGCAAAUCUCAGUUAAAGUUAAAUAA